AAAUAUAAGUGGUAUGAGAGACUGGCGACAUCUUACUGAAGUUCAGUCAACUAUUUAUCACAAAUUAAUUAUUAAUAAAUAGUUAUUCACUUUUGACAGCAGGUCUAUUUUGAAUCAUUUCAAUUUACAAGAGAUGUAUUCGGGUGAAGGAAGCGAAGAUAUUCCUGCCUAUCCAGUGCAGGUUUACCCCGUGGAAGGUCCUCGGUAUGGACAGUAUGCUCCGCCAAGCUCAAAUUCCGAAGUACAACAAUGGUUUGCGGCCGUUGACAAAGAUCGAUCUGGGAAAAUUAAUGCGAAAGAAUUACAGGCAGCUUUAAUAAACGCACAAGGAAACCAUUUUUCAGAUACAUGUUGUCAGCUAAUGAUCGGGAUGUUUGAUAAAGAAAAGACAGGGAUGGUCGACGUGAACGAAUUUGAGCAGCUCUAUAUUUACAUUAAUCAGUGGUUGGGCGUAUUCAGAACUUAUGACCGUGAUCAGUCGGGAGCUAUCGAAGAGCAAGAGUUAGGGCAAGCAUUGCAGCAAAUGGGUUUCCGAUUUUCGCCGAGUUUUGUUAAACAGUUGAUUAAUCGGAGCGACUUAGAGAACCACCAUAAAAUGUCCGUUGAUCAGUUCAUCGUUGUCUGUGUUCAAAUUCAACGUUUUACUGAAGCAUUCCGAGUACGAGAUCAGCAAAUGCAAGGCAGUAUUACGAUAGGGUUCGAAGAAUUUUUAGGUGUGGCGUUAGAAGCUUCAGUGUAAAUUACAAGACGUUAAUGAAGAAUAUUUUUUAUAAAUUUUGUUUUACUAAAGUAAACCCAUUUUAGGCUAAAAAACUUUCUUUUAUAGCACUGUGUAUAGAGCAAUUGAAUGCUUUUUGUAGUUCUUUUCGAGUACAACCAAGCAGGGACAACAAAAAGCAUUGAUUGUGUAACUGCAAGUACUUACAUGUGAUUUUAUGUUAUAUAUUCAGAAUAAUGAUCGAAUUUUGUAAUG